UACAAAUUAAAAAGCGGUCAACAACUAUUUACAUAAAAAAAAAAACCAGAAAGGUUUCCCUGUUAUUUUUACUAAUUUAUGAAAACUAUGAACUAAGUAUUCAUAAGUAUUUGUAAAUAAGCACCUAAUGUAUUUACCACCUUACCUAUUUAAAUACGAUUUAAAUAAAAAAAUCUACUUGAUAUCUAAAAGUUAUGUUUACCAGGCACUAAGUUACUAAGGUACUUUUGUAUGUUAAUUAUUUGUUAAACAAGAUAAAGUUAACAACACAUAUUUUCCCGCAAUAUGCAACUGUUUUUUUUCCACUGGCAACCAUCGACCAAUAAACAACAACUUCGUCACAAGAUGAUUAAAUCCCAGUUGGAUUCUAGAAACGUCACAAGCUACACAUGUUUUGCAUAAAACCACACAUAUAGUCUCAACACAAUAGGUACUUAAUACAUAUUAUGGGAAUUACUUUCGGUACCAAAGUAAAUAUCGUUGCCAAUGACUGGAGAGCUGACUUGAAAACUCGCACUUAAGGGGAAACGUACAAUGAAGAUGUUCUAUUCAAAUGAGCUUCAAGAACUGCGGGCCAGCGGGGCUCAAGUCCACACUUUGAAACCACGAGAAAAGCCGAAGAAACUAGUCCGAGAUUUAAACAAUCUAUUACAAGACAUAUACGAAGUGCGAGACAAACCAGUGAGGGACAAGGAUUUCCCGAAGUACUUUAAAGUGUUCCAAGCUGUUUCCUUAAAGUUGAACGAUCUGAUGAAGCAAGUAGAUCCAUAUUAUGAGCGGUAUUCCUUAGUCCGAUUUGAGGGUAGAAGAGACCGUCUACGCAUCAACAAGCCUGACGACUUCGACAUGGAAAUCGUCAUCGGGCUGCCUGUCAACAUACAUGAUCCUGCGCAUGGCGACAUCGUAGAGGACGUAGCUCCCGGCGUUGUGAGGCUGAACAUUGGAGACCAGUUGCAAGGCUUGCUGGAUAGAGGCGGAGAUUGGCGAAUAAUUGAAACUGCUCACAGAUGGUUAGACAAGGACAACUACCUGCUCCGCUCCCUGUUCAUGGACUGGUACAAGACUGUAGUCGACAAAGCGUUGAACCUUGUCGAUGCGAUUGAAGAUAACCUCCCCUUUGCCAUGAAUGGCAUAAUGGUUGAGGGGGAUAUGUACACCCUGCGAUUGGCAAACAGCCAGUCCUUCACACUGAUCGUCGAGGACCCGCAGUGCGGGUUCCGGCUGGACGUGGAUCUGGUCCCGGCACUCGAGUUCCUUGACAAGGAGAGUACAAGGAUGCCCAGCAAGCGACGUAAAAAAGGAAAUUUCUUGGUGGUGCCUAAACCUAUGAAAGGUGGACCCUACGACGCAGCGGCCUGGCGGCGCCCCCUGCAGCUAGAGGAGUGCGACCUCUUGUACAUGAAACAGGCUAUUCGGCUGAUCAAGAAGCUCCGGGAUUCCCAAGGCAUGCUCAAAAUCGAGAGCUAUUACAUCAAGACUAUAUUCUACCAUGAGUCCAUCGGACAAGAACAUGAUCCCGAAUUCUGGAGUAGAAAUAGCCUUGCAGAACUCUUCAAACAUAUUGUCAAAAAACUUCAUCAAUAUCUGGAGACUAAAAACAUUCCCUACUUUUGGAAUGUGGACUAUAAUCUCUUAAGCAACAUUGACGAGCCCGUCCUAGACGGAUACGCGAAAAAACUGAAGAGAUUUAUUAAUGUUUUAGAAGAUCCGUCGGAGUAUAAAAUGGUUGCGAAGUACUUGAUGUCAGAGAGUCAGUUUAAGGAAUAUAAAAAGAAAGUUUUAAAGAUCUAACCUUUGCCAAGCCAUGUUACACUUGUUACAGACUGUUAGUAAAGUAACUACAGCGAUUGGCUGAAAUGCGUAGUCUUGUAUCUAGUUCUGCUCUAGUUCGCAUAUCUCUUUCUCGCUCACACUUAAAGCUGCGUCCUUAACAGAAGUACGGCGGACCACUCGAUCGAUUAAGCCAUGGACCCGACCAAGUUUCAGCUUUAACUAGUAACUGUUGUUUGCUACUCUUUCUAACAAAUAUAAACGCGACCUUGGUAUUUAGCUAAGAUCAUAGUAAGGGUAUUUAGGUAAACGUCAUAAUUCCAUAGUAGUUUGACGUUUAGCAUAACACUUAUACAGUCUGUGCUAUCAAAAUCGCUGCCAACAUAGCUUGGUCUAACUCUAGACCGUUGAUGGAACAAAAUACUUUAUCUUUGAAAAUGAAAUGAAAUCUUUACACUAUUCAAUGACAGAUCUCUGUAGAAACCAAACCUUCAAGAAAAGAGCGUACUCCCAUCUUAAAGGCCGGCAACGCACUUACAACCCCUCUGGUGUUGCAGGUGUCCAUGGGCGGCGGUAAUCGCUUACCAUCAGGUGAUCCAACUGCUCGUUUGCCUCCUCUACCAUAAAGAAAAAAAACAAGCUACAUGAUUGCGUGUUAAAGGUAAUAGGCUAGACUAGAUGACAAUUCUAAUCGAUCAGGUUUGUUUUUAGGAUCAAAUGUCUAUAUGGGACCCAUUGCAUUCAAGCAAUACACAAGCCAGAAAUGAUAGUCAGUCCGACAGUCGUAAGUAGUUCACUCGCGAAACAUUCUUAGGAAUGUUUAAAUUUGUUUAGGAAUGUUUAGCGCCAAUUACGAUUUCGGGCCUGUUAAUCGUUUUCCGUUUCACGGAAUAUCAACACAUCGUUAGCAAUAUUUGAAAUGUAAAAAAAUACUUUUUCUCUAAUUGCCAAAAAUAUUCAAGGGUUGAUAUUUUUGAAUGUGAACCAUUUUUUUUACAUUUCAAAUAUUGUAAACGAAGUGCUGAUAUUUGGUGAAACGGAAAAAUACUCUUGCCUGGGCCCGAAUUCGGGCCUGAUAUCAGGCCUGAUAAAGUAUGGAUGUAAUUAUAGGAAACAAGAAAAUUGCCCUUUUGUUGGUUAAAUAUUGCGUUAAUAUUUAUAGCCGCUAUACAAUCUUUUUGGAUAGACUGUAAGGAAUCGAAUGUUAA